UUUAAUCUGUAUCUUCUUAUAUAAGUACUCCGAUUUUUAAACUUCUCGGAAAAUAUGGAGGGAAUUCGCUCAAGCACUUGCUCUAGAGAUCUCUUGAGGAAAAUCAAAGAGUUUACGCUGUCGAUCUUGGAGGAUUUGAGUGAAGGUCGAUCUCCGUUGAUCUUCAUCCAACGCUUCAGAAUCUACUGCACCAAUUCUGAUUCAAAUUGCAGCUGCCGCUCUAAUAAGCCCAACGGACAUGAAAUUCUUACAUUUCAAAAGGAAAGCCAUGUCCAUAGAAUAGAUGUCUUAUUGAGGGUUUUGCUGAUAGUUCAGCAACUUCUUCAAGAAAAUAAGCAUGCUUCAAAGAGAGAUAUAUAUUACAUGCAUCCAUUGGUAUUUUCAGAUCAGACUGUCGUAGACAGAGCAAUUAAUGACAUAUGCAUCCUUCUGCAGUGCAGUCGGCACAAUCUAAACGUGGUUUCUGUUGGAAAUGGGUUGGUGAUGGGAUGGUUAAGAUUCUUUGAAGCAGGACGGAAGUUUGAUUGCAUAAAUAGCCCCAACACUGCCCACACAAUCCCUGUUCUUGUUGAGGAUGUUAAAGAUCUUGUAAGCGUUGCCCACUACAUACUUGUUGUAGAGAAAGAAUCAGUCUUCCAGCGUUUAGCAAAUGACAAGUUUUGCAGCAAAAACCGUUGCAUUGUGAUCACAGGAAGAGGCUAUCCAGAUGUUCCCACAAGAAGGUUUUUGCGACUACUUGUUCACAAGUUUUGUCUUCCUGUCUAUUGCUUGGUUGAUUGUGACCCAUACGGCUUUGACAUCCUGGCUACUUACAGGUUUGGUUCUAUGCAUAUGGCCUAUGAUGCCAAAUUUCUACGAGUCCCACAGAUCCAAUGGCUUGGAGUUUUUCCUUCAGAUUCUGAGAACUUCAGUCUUCCUCAGCAAUGUCUCUUGCCUUUGACAAUAGAAGAUAAGAGGAGAACUGAAGCCAUGUUACAGAGAUGCUACCUUGACCAAGAAGUGCUAGAUUGGAGAUCGAAACUAGAGUUGAUGCUUCAAAGAGGGACCAAAUUCGAGAUCGAAGCAUUGUCAGUUCACUCACUUUCCUUCUUGGCUGAGGUCUACAUUCCAUGUAAGAUUCAAGAAAUAACAUCUAUUUGUCACAUUUGAUAAUUUGCAACUA